AUGCAUUUCCAACUCCUCACCCUCCUCGCCCUCGCCACCGCCAGCGCCGCCACCCAAUGGGCCGGCAUGGAGAACCUCCCCGACGGCGCCUACAGCGGCACCAACCACCCCGACGGCUCCACGACCAUGACCUCCCUCACCACCGGCUCAACCUACACCUUCCAGCUCGCCUCCACCUCCGCCACCUCCCCAACCCGCCGCUCCCCCCGCCACGGCAUUUCCAAGCGCGACACCAGCUGCUGGGGCUACGAGCUGGACCACGGCGGCGUCGACGAGGGCGUGACGGAACUAAAGCGCUGGGCCGGCGCCGGCGGCCAAGACCUCGUCUCCGGGGACAGUCGGAGCUAUUACGGCUUCAAUAGGAAGGGGGUGUACGUGUAUUACUGCAUUAAUGCGCUGCAUACGCAGGGGAAUCUGGAUACGGGGGAUAUCGAUUAUGCGAAUAGGAUGAUGGAUGCUGGGUGUGGGAUGUAUCAGGCGGGGUUCUUUUUGUGGCCGGGGUCGCCGGAGUUGGUGGGGAAGUGUAGGUCGGGGACGGCGAUUUGUUUGGGGUAG